UUCCUUUUGUCCUCUCCAACUCUUCGACGCCAACCCGGUCGGCCUCAAACCCGCCUCAAUCGCUAUUGCCGAUCAACCAUAUCCAACAAACAGCACCAUGUGCUUCGGGGCUCGAAAAUCAGACGAUGGCGGCGCUGUUCGCUCGCGUGAUCUCGACCGCCUCAUUCGACAGGAUGAAAAACGUCUUGCAAAAGAGGUCAAGCUUUUAUUGCUAGGCGCCGGAGAGUCUGGAAAGUCUACUGUGCUGAAGCAGAUGAAAUUGAUUUACGCCCAAGGUUUCAGCAAGAACGAGAAGCUCGAAUGGAAGCCCGUCGUAUUCAACAACAUUGUUCAAUCCUUUCGCCUGAUCCAAGAUGCCAUGACCGAGAUGGGUAUCGAUUUUAGCAACCCCGAAAAUGAGAAGCACAUGGCGCAUAUCCUUGUGGAACACGAGAUCAACGCCCAAGAUCCCCUCCCGCGUGACUAUUUGCAACCUAUAAAGGAGCUCUGGGUCGAUGAAGGUGUCAAACAAGCUAUUGCCAAGGGCAACGAAUUUGCUCUUCAUGAUAACCUGGCAUACUUUUGCGACGACUUGGACCGCAUCUGGGACCAGGGCUACGUACCCACAGACCAGGAUUUGCUGCGCUCAAGAUUGCGAACUACUGGUAUCACCGAAACGGUCUUCGACCUGGGCCAACUGACAUACCGCAUGUUUGACGUUGGCGGCCAGCGUUCGGAACGAAAGAAGUGGAUCCACUGCUUCGAAAACGUCAACUGUCUGCUUUUCCUCGUCGCGAUUAGUGGUUACGACCAGUGCCUGGUCGAAGACAAAGAUGGCAACCAAAUGAACGAGGCGCUCAUGCUGUGGGAGUCAAUCGCCAACUCUCACUGGUUUACAAAGUCUGCGCUCAUUCUCUUCCUCAACAAGAUGGAUCUGUUCAAGGAGAAGCUACCCAAUAACCCGAUUACAUCACAUGGCUUCACUGAUUACCACGGCCCUCCCGAUGACUGGAAAGCUGCCAGCAAAUACUUUUUAGACAAGUUCCGCGCGUUGAACCGGAAUACCGAAAAAGAAAUUUACGGACAUUUCACCAAUGCUACGGAUACGAAUCUUCUCAAGAUCACCAUGGGCUCGGUCCAGGACAUGAUUAUUCAACGCAACCUCAAGCAGCUGAUACUAUAAGGCAGAGCCUGCGAUAAUUGGGGGCCGGCAAGCGGCCCCAGACCAACUAACCUUGUCACAUCAAUCUGGCAGGCUUGAAACAUGCCAACUCUAAUCGAUACCCGUGGCCUUCUUCGGCCCCAUUCCCUACCUCACCUCGACCUCACGCGGCG